GAAAGCCGACAAGGACUACCAUGCAGACCUCUUUGACCAGCAAAGACGGAAUGAUGGGUACCAAGACGCUUUGGAGAAGCUCACUGCUCGCAGAAAGCUGGCAGAAGGCCGGCUGCAAGCGGACCUGGAAACCUUGCGCUCAGAGCACGCCAUCCUCAAACGCUCGCUUGAGACCCAGGAGAAGGUGCACGAG